UCUCACCGGCAUUUCAGUGUUACACCGUGAAGGAGAGGCACAUCGGUGUGCUAUUUAUUUAUUUAUUGUAGUUUAUUUUAAAUCUUACGGAGCCAAUCAUGCUCGGCCUGUGCCUUUACGUCCCCGUGUCUAACUCAGACCCGAUUGAAGUGGAAUAUUUUGAGUCUAACGGGCUGCCGUCCGAGCUGAAGUCUCUCUUUAACAAACUGAGCGUGUUCCUUCCGUCCCAGGAGUUUUCAGCCUACCAAAGAUGGCGAAAGAAAGCCUUAAAAAGGGAAGAAAAUGCGUCAGGUGGACAGCUGGACUUUGAGGAGUUUGUUCACUAUCUCCAAGACUAUGAGAAAGACCUGAAGCUUGUGGUGAAAAGCAUCGACAAGAAGAAUGCAGGUCACAUUGAUCCUAAGGAGUUCAUGCAGUCUCUUCGGGACCUUGGUGUGCAUAUCUCCUCACAGCAUGCGGAAAAAGCCCUUAAGAGCAUGGAUAAGAAUGGAAUGAUAACUAUCAGCAGUGAAGACUGGAGCAACUACCCCAUGGUGGAGAAGACUGAGAACAUUCCUGAGAUCAUCCUGUACUGGAAACACUCCACGAUAUUUGAUGUGGGUGAGAACCUGAUGGUGCCUGAUGAGUUCACUGUAGAGGAGAAGCUGACUGGCAUGUGGUGGAGACACCUGGUUGCAGGUGGAGGAGCUGGAGCUGUGUCAAGGACCUGCACCGCUCCCCUGGACAGACUCAAAGUCAUAAUGCAGGUUUAUGGCUCCCGAACCAACAACAUGUGCAUCAUGACCGGGCUGACGCAGAUGAUCAAAGAAGGCGGUAUGAGGUCAUUGUGGCGAGGCAAUGGCGUGAACAUCAUCAAAAUUGCCCCAGAGUCUGCCCUCAAGUUCAUGGCAUAUGAGCAGAUUAAACGUUUAAUUGGCCGCGAUAAGGAGACUCUGAGCAUCGUGGAGCGGUUUGUUGCCGGCUCGCUGGCUGGAGUGACUGCCCAGAGCACAAUCUACCCCAUGGAGGUCCUGAAAACUCGUCUUGCUCUGAGGACCACCGGGCAGUACUCUGGUAUCUCAGACUGUGCAAAGCAGAUUUUCAGGAGAGAAGGACUUGGAGCAUUUUAUAAAGGCUACAUCCCCAACAUGUUGGGCAUCAUCCCCUAUGCAGGCAUCGACCUGGCAGUGUACGAGACACUGAAGAACCGCUAUCUGCAGCAGUACGGCACCAACAGCACCGACCCUGGUGUGUUCGUCCUGCUGGCAUGCGGCACUGUGUCCAGCACCUGUGGCCAGCUUGCCAGUUAUCCUCUGGCUCUCAUCCGCACACGCAUGCAAGCACAAGCUGCAACAGAGAGCAGCCAGCAGAUGACAAUGACUGGUCUCUUCAGGCAGAUCUUGCAGACAGAAGGCCCGACAGGGCUCUACAGAGGCCUGGCCCCCAACUUCCUCAAAGUCAUCCCCGCCGUCAGCAUCAGCUAUGUAGUGUACGAGCGCCUGAAAACACAACUGGGAGUGACAUCACGCUGAAACUGUCACAUGACUUCAAAACUUGAAUGUGACAAGUGACCCUCACCCCUCCUACCCAAACACCCCACUACCCCCUCCCUCCCAGGGUUAAUGCCAUGGGAAUCCCAGGGAAACUUUUUGGCCCCUCUGGGGGUUCGUGGAGUCAUCUCAUUCUGUGAAUGUCAGCUGACGAAAGACGAGAAAGGACACUGAACGUUGGAAAUGCCAAGGUGGAGGAUAUGGACUCUGUGAGCUCAGGAUGUCGUAAUUGUGUCUGCUGCUAUUUAUGUUUUAAAGGAGUUGUGCUGAGAGCUGAAACAUGAGGAAUGUGAGUGUUAAUCGAGGACCAACUAUUUAUGCUCUUCCUGCCAGUUUGUAUUUUGCUGUCGAGCAAACUUUUUUUCUUUUUUUUUCAUGUUGGUAUGACAUUGCAAGCUUUGAUCAGUGUGUAAAAUGUAUCACCAGCACUCAUAAGUAAGUCUACGGAAAACAAUUCUCCUAAAGAGUGUCUGUUUUUACAUGGCAGAUAUAGCAUUAAUAAGCUCUUUAAGAUGUUUUACUCUUUAACAGUCCUGUAGGAAGAAAUGAUUGUGUUCCUAAAUGAGAGGGUUUUGCACACGUGAGUUUGAUCUCUCUCCUCCCCUGUCCUGAAUGAGUGGAUGCCUGACUAUGGAGUAUUUAUUUCCAUCCAUCCUGUAUUUAUUGUUUUUAUUGUCUAGAAGAGAGAGGAGGUAUAAUGCUGCAUGUUUCCUGUCUCAAGAGCCAAAUGUGCGAUUUGAUACAUUUUAAAAUGCAGUGACUAUAUUCAGGUUGGGAAACUAACGCCAGGCAACAGCCUUAACAUGUGGCUACCAAACACUAAAUUAAGUUGUCUACUGAAAUGUUCAAAGGAGGGUUGGAGUUUGUACUCAUGAGUCAAUGUGUUUGAGCAACUGAAAAAUAACUUUUUGUUUGUGCAAAAUACUUCAGAUAAUGUAUGUUAAUGUGUGUAGACAUGUGUUUGCCCUUUUAAGGUAUAAAUGUCUUAAUGUUCACCUCAGGGUUAAGGGCAGAUUAUUGUUUAAUUCACAGAAGAGCACGCAUGUUUGUUUGUUUUUUUUGUUUCACAACAUUUAUGCUCACUAAAACAAGGGCUUGAAAAAGAUGAGUGGCAUAAUGCACUUUAAUCACUGCUAGAAGGGCCUCUGAAUGUCUUAUCAAUUCAGGGAUUAAGAUUUGAUUCUUUUGUAAAGAAUGAAUUUUAGUAUUGUUUUAAUGGACCAUUUUGAUGCAAAUAAAUGCAAAUUCUUGUAA